AGGCGAAGGGGGGCAGCGUGCAGCAGACGGAGCCUGCUCUCCCAGCGGCAAGGUGAGGAAGAGCGGCUUUCCCGGUGGAUUAAAUCCCCAGAGCCAGCCCAGCCACACACACGCACACGCCGCCGCCAGGACGCGGGGCUCUCGCCAGGGAAGAAAGAGCAUGUAGGCGCCGUCGCCAGGAGCCGUCGAGCCCAGCCCGGAGCAGCCACACCAGCAACAUGGCGCUGCCAGAGCCGAGCCCUCGGGCAGCCGGAGGGAGCCUGCUGCUGGCGGGGUGCUGAGCCCAAGCGGUAGCCAAGCGGGGUGACCGUAGGUCUCGCUCUCCCCCCUUCCAACCCGCGCAGCCCCAGCUGCCCUGCCGAGGUCCGCCGGUGGCCGGAUUGUCCGACGUGGGGCAGCCCGGGUCUCUCUCCUCCCCCCCUUGGGCUCGGAGGUUGGCAAACUUUUCUCGCCCACCCAGACUGAGAGUGGCUCGCUUUGGGGAGGACACGCUACAAGCGACGCCGGAGCGACUCCGCGGCGGCAUCUCCGGAGCCGAGGCUAAGAUUAUACACACGUGUGAAGAAAAGCCUCUGUUUUAAGGUGAAGUCAUGCUUUCUGCAACUCCCCUGUAUGGCAACGUUCAUAGCUGGAUGAGCAAUGAGAGAGUCCGCAUGUGUGGGAUUAACGAAGAGAGGAAAAUCCCAGUUAAUGAUGGAGAUGCUUCGAAAAGCAGGUUGGAAUUGAGGGAAGAAAAUCACCUGAACCACAGUGUGGUGGAUGCCACGGCAGUGCAUCGCAUUGACAGCCUUGCAGCUCUGAGCAUGGACCGGUCUGGACUUAUGCGGGAAGGGCUUAGAGUCCCCAGCAGUAUUGUCUAUUCCAGUUUAUGUGGACUUGGCUCAGACAAGCCCCGGGACGCUACAAGUGCUAUUGCUGGCCUUGGAUUUGCUCCUGAAAGAAAUCCAGAGAUGCAGUUCAAGUCUAAUCCCACUGAAGCAAUUGAAAAUGCAGCUGGAAAACCCCCAAAUGGCUUCAGUGCUAUGUACAAAACGCCACCUGGAAUACAAAAAAGUUCGCUUCCGACUGGGGAGACCUUAGGCUUGGACAGAAGCUCAAGCGACAAACCGAGUCCUCUCAAUGUCAAUGGUGCUAGUUACCUAAGGCUACCCUGGGUAAAUCCUUACAUGGAGGGUGCUAUUUAUCCUUUUCUCGAAUCACCAAAUAAGUAUUCGUUGAACAUGUAUAAGGCCUUGCUACCUCAGCAGUCCAAUUACAGCUUGCCACAGCAUCUGACCUACUCGCCCGUAUGUACAAAUGGUGAACGUUUUUUAUACUUGCCACCUUCUCAUUACGUUGCUCCCCACAUUCCGUCAUCAUUAGCUUCACCAAUGAGGAUCUCUGCUGCAACCGCAGCUCCAGCUAUUCCCCCUCUAGGACACUGUCCAGAAAAGAGUUUGUCUUGGAAGAUGGGAGUCGGUCCCGGAACUCCUGUGGACUCUCAUGCCUAUCCACAUAUCCAGAACAGCAAGCCUCCUAGAGUCCAAUCUGCAAAGCCAGUGGCUAGUAAUAUGCCAACAGACCCCAAUGUUCUCUUGUCUCAUUCGCCGAGACCAUCACCUAGAGUUCACCUCCCGACGCAGGUUGGGGACGCUUACUCGGAGUUUCAGAAACACUUUUCCAGGAUUUCGACAUCUCCUUCUUCAGUUACACUCCCAAAGCCAUACGUGAAUGUAAGCAAUGAGUUUCCUCCAAGAGUCUCCGGGGGGAAAGCUCCUAAAACACACGACACAGGCGAAAUCUCUCAGCAGCCUACAGUGCAUGCAAGAAAAACAGGUCACGACAGGAAGGACAGCAGAUCCCCUCCACUGUUAGAAAAACAACAAACUGUUACCAAAGAGAUUAUAGACAAACCAUUGGAUUUGUCAUCAAAAGUUGUUGACAUGGAGACAACCAAAUCUGAUCAUGUUAAGAAAAUGGCGCCAACUGUGCUGGUUCAUAGCAGGGCCGGAAGUGGCUUGGUUUUACCCGGAGGUGAUCUUCCAAAAGAAACCAUUUCUCCUGGAAGUGGUUGCCCUGUCUAUAGACCUGAAAUAAUCAGCACGGCGCCUUCCUCCUGGGUUGUUCCUGGUCCAGGUCCCAAUGAAGAUAACGGUGGUAAAAACAUGCAGUUGAAAAACAAAGCAUUGGACUGGGUGACGCCACAACAACGGAGUUCUUCUUGCCCUAGGAUGGGGGGUACAGACGCAGUUGUCAGUAAUAUUUCAGGGUCUGUAUCAAGCGGAGGUCGCCCAGCAUCUGCUUCUCCUGCUCCAAAUGCCAAUGUCGAUUGCCCUAAGACGACUAGCUCAGUAGAGACCACUGCAUCUGUCAUACAGCACAUAGGACAACCUUUAGCAGCAGCAUCUUCAAAGCAUAGUAAUAAGGCAGCUAAAUGCAAUAAUCCAGAACCUAUCUUCAAAGCAAAUGAGAACACCCUUGCACCAACUUCCAUAUUUUUCCCUCCCAAUGAUGCAUUCCGAUCUCCACCAUUGCCCUAUCCGAGAAGCUAUCUCCCAUAUCCAGUUCCAGAAGGCUUAGCUAUAGGCCCUUUGUCUCUACAUGGGAAAGGACCUGUAUAUCCUCACCCUGUUCUGUUACCCAAUGGGAGUCUUUUCCCUGGACACCUAGCUCCCAAACCUACCAUUCCAUACAGCCUGCCAGCCAGCAGAGGUGAGUUCAUGACCUACCAGGAUGCUUUGGGUAUGGGCAUGGUACACCCAAUGCUGCUGCCCCAUACAGCUUUGGAGCUGAAAGAUGAGAAAUCGGAAAGGAGGUCUAGAUCGCAUGAACGGCUCCGUUAUGAAGACCCUGCCUUGAGAAACCGAUUGCCCGAGAUGCUGGAAACCAGCACAAAACUACAUUUUGAAGUACCUGCAGACAGAAACGUGAAAUUGCACCAAAGUUCAAGUCAUGGUAAAAAUACUACCAAAAGUGACAAGCACCUGUUUGCAGAACCGAGAGAGGAGCAAGAUGUGAAAGGUGAAACGAACCUGACGAAACCUAGCUUUCCUGUUGAAAGCAGUAAUCAAGCAAGUGACCCCACAAAGCACAAGGUAGAACAAGGCUUCCCCCACAGAGAUUUCAUUGUGAUGAGAGAAGACUGUGGGAGAAGCAAUUUCCAUGAAGUUUAUAACUUCAAGCAAGCCCAGAACCCACACCCAUCAAUGUUCAACUUAAGGAAAGAGGACCUUUCCUUGAGCCAGAAUAGGGAGAGGUUAACGGUUCCCACUUCCUCUGUGUUCUUGGAGGCUGCUCACGGCAACGAUGGCCUAGCUAUGUCCUUUUGCAAAAUGCCAGAUGAUGCUAAACAGCUUUGUAUGGGAAACACGCAGUCAAGUAUGGAAGUCAGUCAGGCAUACGCCAAAGAGGGAACUGAGGGUGCGGAACCUAAUGACGGCAAAUUCCUGAAACCUAAGCCAUCUAACCUGGCAAAGAGAAUCGCAAACUCUGCUGGUUACGUAGGUGAUCGAUUCAAGUGUGUUACGACAGAACUGUAUGCAGAUUCUAGCCAACUUAGUCGAGAACAGCGGGCUCUGCAGAUGGAAGGAUUACAAGAGGACAGUAUUUUAUGUCUACCUGCUGCUUACUGUGAGCGUGCAAUGAUGCGCUUCUCAGAGUUGGAGAUGAAAGAGAGAGAAGGCCACGUAGCAACCAAAGACCCAGAGGCCUGCAGAUUCAGCCAAGCAGACUGGGAAAACUUGAAAGGAAAUAAUGAAAAGAAACCUAAGUCUGUCACUUUGGAAGAUGCCAUUGCUGGGCAAAAUGACAAUGACAGAUGUGAUUUUCAUAAUACAGAGAGCACCCAGGACCACGGUUUUGAAGUUCCUGAGGAGAAAGGUCCUCCAGCAGACAGUUGUGUGGAGAGACUUACUGUAUAUGAAAAGGCCAGCGACCAGUCCGCAGAAGAUGUCAACCAGGCCCUGUGCCCCCACCAGGACAGGAAGCGUAAACAUUCUGGUGAGAAAAUGCAGAACGAUGGAAGCCUUAAAGAAAACUUUGUAGAGGAGCAGGAAGAUGAAUUUGCAUCAAAAGCAAAAAAGAGGAAGAACUCCAAAGAUGACUGGCCUGAGAGGGAAAUGACAAACAAUUCCUCUAACCACUUAGAAGAGCCCAAUUGUAAUGAGGUGACCAACCUGAAGGUGUGCAUUGAAUUAACAGGGCUCCAUCCCAAAAAGCAGCGUCACCUGCAGCAUCUUAGGGAACUGUGGGAGCAGCAGGUGUCACCAGAGAGAUCCCCACCCGGCAAGUUGGGCCGGCAAAGCAGGAAAGAUUUAGCUGAGGCUGUUCAGCCAGAGGCCACUGCAAAGGUCAAAGACUGCACAGAAGAAAGGCACACCAAGAAAAGGUCAGAGGUCAAAAGCAAUAGAAGUUGGUCUGAAGAGUCCCUCAAAACAAGUGACAAUGAACAAGGUAUCCCUCCAUUCCCAGCAUCUCCGCACAUGAAGACCCUUUCAUCUACCAAUAUAAACAGCAAAAGGCAAGCCCAGCCAAGCUGUACUCCAGUUUCAAGGUUGGCUGCCAAGCAGCAGAAAAUGAAAGAAAACUGGAAGACAGAUGUGCUGUGCACAGACGAGGAAGAAGAUUUCCAAGCUGCAUCCCUGCUGCAGAAACAUGGCGACUGUGAGAAGCCACCAGGGAAACGUCAGUGUAAAACAAAACAUUUGGCACUGCAGGAGAGGAGAAGGAGGUCAUCCCUGACAGGAGAUGAUGUCACUGAUCUCGAAAGUGCUGAGGAGAAGCCCUCACAGCUGCAGAUUGCAAGUGCCCCUCAGGAGACUCCCCCAAGUCGUCCCAUGCCGCCAGAAGCCCGAAGGCUUAUUGUCAAUAAGAAUGCUGGAGAAACUCUUCUGCAAAGGGCAGCCCGACUGGGAUACGAGGAAGUGGUUCUGUAUUGUUUGGAAAACAAAGUCUGUGAUGUAAAUCAUCGUGACAAUGCUGGUUAUUGUGCCCUGCAUGAGGCCUGUGCCAGAGGCUGGCUGAGCAUUGUGCGACAUCUCCUAGAAUAUGGAGCCGAUGUGAACUGCAGCGCUCAGGAUGGAACUAGGCCUGUUCAUGAUGCUGUGGAAAAUGAUCACCUGGAAAUUGUCCGAUUACUACUUUCGUAUGGUGCUGAUCCAACGCUUGCAACGUACUCUGGUCGAACGAUUGUGAAAAUGACACACAGCGAACUAAUGGAAACGUUUCUAACAGAGUACUUAACUGACCUGCAAGGUCGAAGUGUCGAUGACCCUGGCUUGUCCUGGGACUUCUAUGGCAGCUCUGUGUGCGAGCCAAAGGGGGAAACAGGUUUUGACAUCCUAUCUAAUCCACCUGGCUCAAGUGAUGAGGAUGAAGAUGGUCUUAGUGACAUCUUUGAGUUCGAAUUUUCAGAUGUACCUCUGUUGCCAUGCUAUAACAUCCAAGUGUCUCUUUCUCAAGGACCACGGAAUUGGUUGCUGCUUUCUGACGCAGCAAAGAGGCUGAAAAUGUCGCCCCGGAUAUUUCGUAGCAGUUUCCCAAGCGUGGAAGUGGUCAGCAUCAUGGAGGCGGAAUUUUUCAAACAGGUAUCUUUGAGUCAGCUGUUCUCUUGCCAAAAGGAUCUAGAAGCUUUCAACCCGGAAGGCAAGGAAAUGCUGGACUUGGUGGAAUAUACAAGUGAGCUACAGACUUUGCUGGGAGCUUCACUCGAGUGGUUACAUCCAGAUGAGGAUAUGGAUCAUUGGUGAACUUCCAGGCCGCUUUAAUGUACAGUUCUCUGUAAAGUUAUGUCUUUAUGUAUAUGUGUGAAUGCCACCAUUUCUGUAAAUAAAGGACACUGUUAAAUAAGAUACCUUUCCUUUAUAUACAUAUUAUAAAUAUAUAAAUAAAUUCCAGAUGGGUGGACUUUUGGAAGAUUUCUUUUUCUUUCUUUUUUUAGAGAUGUCAUUCAGUUUUUACAAAUUGUUAUAUAAUGUUCCUUUAAAUGCACACAAACUUUGGUAUAAAUUUGUUUUUACUUGGGACUUUUUUUUAAAUAAAGGAAGUGGUUUUGCUUCACACAAAGCUUUGGUUUCACAGGAGAUGCCUGUGACAGGCAGUGUGAUCAAAGUCAUAUGGUUGUCUUGGGAGACUGUAUUGGGUAAGGCACUUCAUAAAAUUUUCAUUUUUGUUUACAAAGUUGCCUGCUUUGGCCAGGUAAACCCUAUUGAAUAUAAUUCAAUGGACUGUAAUAUAAAUUUAAAACAUAUCCAUGCGCAUCAGCUAGUUGUGUGAACUUUUAUAUCUUAAUUUAAAAGAUGUGAAAUUUAGUUUUCACAAGGCAAACUGGAUUGUUUAUAUAUAUAUAUGUAUGUUUAAACAUUUGAUGCUCUUUAUUUAAAAGAAGACUUUGAACUAUUUUUUCUGUAUCUUGUAAAAUAUUGAAAACUAACAUAUGUUGAGGUUAAAACUGUACAGAAGCUAAAUUUUUUCUGAAUUGUGUGUUUAUGUUUGAGAUCCGUGUUUUAACUUUGUAAGUAAAUUCUUCUGCCUUUGUAUUUAUAUUUUACAAAAAAAACCCUUAAAGGCAAUAAAACUGUUGAAAACUA